CCGGCCGGCGGGGGACACUCGGUUUCGCGCCGGUCGUCUUCCCAGGCUCUCGGGCGCGAUGUGGAGGAGCUGCCUCCGGCUGCGGCACGCCGGGCGCCGCCUCCUGAACCCGCCCCGGGGUGCCUUCACCGCCUCCGUGCGGCCGGGGCCAAACCCCCUGAUCCCUGCCCGGGCCUACGCGCCCCCAACAGAAAGGAAGAGGUUUUAUCAGAAUGUCAGCAUCACACAGGGUGAAGGUGGCUUUGAGAUAAACCUGGACCACAGGAAGCUGAAAACUCCCCAAGCCAAGCUCUUUACUGUCCCCAGCGAGGCCUUGGCCAUUGCAGUGGCCACUGAAUGGGACUCCCAGCAGGACACCAUCAAGUUCUACGCCAUGCACCUGACCACACUGUGCAACACGUCUUUAGACAACCCUACCCAGCGGAACAAGGACCAGCUGAUCCGGGCGGCUGUGAAGUUUCUGGACACCGACACCAUCUGCUACAGGGUGGAAGAGCCAGCGACGUUAGUCGAACUGCAAAAGAACGAGUGGGACCCAAUCAUAGAAUGGGCGGAGAAGAGAUACGACGUGGAGAUCGGCUCCUCCACCAGCAUAAUGGGGCCCAGCAUCCCAGCCAGGACUCGGGAGGUGCUCGUCAGCCACCUGGCGUCUUACAACGUGUGGGCCCUACAAGGGAUUGAGUUUGUAGCGACCCAGCUCAAGUCCCUGGUGCUGACCUUGGGCCUGAUGGACCUGCGCCUGACCGUGGAGCAGGCCGUGCUGCUGUCCCGCCUGGAGGAGGAGUACCAGAUCCAGAAGUGGGGCAACAUCGAGUGGGCCCACGACUACGAGCUGCAGGAGCUGCGGGCACGCACGGCCGCCGGCACCCUCUUCGUCCACCUCUGUUCUGAGAGCACCACGGUGAAGCACAAACUCUUACAGCUGUGAGGCCUGGCCGGGCGCACCCCCCGGCCUGCGGGGCCCCCGCUCGGCAUCGCUCUGCCACGUCCCCCAGGACCCAGCACGGCCGUGGAGGUCAGCCCGCGCCCCGGCCACGCGCCCCUGGCCCAGUUGGGCAGCGAGCGAGCGGAACAAGCGAACAAGCGACUUUCUCUCAAGCUGGUUUUAUUAAAUACCUGUCUGC